AUGGAGCAGUAUGGUGAAGAAAUCGAUUUUGGUAACGGUAUCAAGCAAUGUUACGUGAUGGCUGAACACAAGGAUGAGUUCUUGCGUAUCAGUAAGUAUCAAUGGGACUUGGUACUCACGGAUUCGCUGUUCUCAACUUGUGGUUAUGGACUUGCGCAACUCAGUCGGGCAAAUCAUGUAAUGAUGCAUACAACCAGCGUUGAAGCAGCGCCAGGUCUUGCGAAAGGGUUUGCCAGGUAA